AGUGGACCCCACUCUUGAAUGAUCCUAAUUCGUGUGAGAAAGAAGAAAAACGUUGUAACUUGUGAAUACAAACUCCAAAUGAAAACAACAACCAAACUCAAUAACGUCAUCUCUACCAAUCCAAAACCCAACAACAACAUUAUUCUCUCAGAAAAAAGAACACCAACAUUAACACACACCGUCACGGUUGUUUCCACCGCCGUCAUAACUCCAAAAAACUAAUUUUUUUCAAAUGGGUGCCACAGAACAUGAGGUGGAUGAGAGAGAGAAUGAAGGUGGAGCUAGAAGAAUGGAUGAUGGUAAGAAAGAAGAAAGGGUAAGGGAUUUGGAGAAAGGGGAAGUUAGAAGAAGUAAUGAUGUUGUUGAUGAUGAUGAUGAUGAUGAUGUUGAGAAUGUUGCUCAUGGUCAUGGUCAUGGUGGUGAUCAUGAAGAGUUUAAUCUUUCUAGAUUUCAUAGAUUAAACCCUACUAAUCCUUUAAGAAUUGUGAUUAAUAGCUCAACAAGAGUUGCUAAACCUUCUCCUCCUACUCAAUCUCAACGCUCUCAUACUCAUACUCGUUCCAUUCCAACACCACAACCAAUACCACCACCAAUUCAAACUCCACAACCACCUUCACCACCAUCACCACCACAAGAGAGGCAGCAACAACCAGUGACACUUAAUUCAAGAAGAUAUACCAAUAGAAUAUCCUUGUUUAUAUUUGCCCUCCACCAAUUACUAGCUAUUGCUCUUGUGUGUUUUCUUGUGUUCAAAGGAAUCCAAGGACUAAUACAACAAGAAUCUGAUUCUGUUAAGAGAAAAGAGAAAAAUGUGUUGAAGUUUUUUCUGCCACAAGUGGAAGCUGCAACUUUUAUGAGCAUAAUUCUUGCUUUUAUUUGGCAAGGUGCAAUUAGAAAAUGGCCAACUUUUAUGGUUCAUUUCAUACUUUGGUUUACUUUUGUGAUGUCUCUUGCUGCCGGGAUUCUUCUUAUUUGCUUCCAAAGGGCCCCUACCGAUGGUGUCGGUGUUUGUUUCAUUGCUUUUGCAAUUGGAAAUGGCUUAUAUGGUUGUUGGAUUAGUCAUAGAAUUAAGUUUUGUUGUAAGAUCUUGACUUUAUCGCUUCAACCUAUGUCCAAAUUCAGCGAUUUGAAUCGACCUACUUAUCAUAUGCUCGCUGUUGGAUUCUUGUGGAUAUCUCUAUGGAUUUUAGCAGUUAUCGGAGCUUUGAACUUUUAUUAUCCACCUUUGGUUAUCAUUGCAUUGGUGUUGAGUUUGGCUUGGACUACCGAGGUUAUGAGGAAUGUUGUUAAUAUAACGGUUAGUCGGGUUAUUGCGUUGUAUUACUUGCGAGGAAUGCAAUCUAGCACUCAAUUUUGCUUUCUGAGAGCUCUAACUCGGAAUCUUGGAAGUGCUUGUUUGGGUUCUCUAUUUGUGCCAACAAUUGAAGCACUUAGAAUUGUUGCUAGGGGGUUGAAUUUGCUUGAGGGAGAAGAUGAGUUCAUGUUUUGUUGUGCUCGUUGUUGUUUAGGAGUCAUGGAAUCGAUUUUCAGAAAUGGCAAUAGUUGGGCUUAUGUACAGAUAGCAGCCUAUGGAAGAGGUUUUGUAAUGGCAUCACAAGAGACAUGGUCCCUAUUUGAGAAAGAAGACAUGGUGCAAAUUGUCGAUGCCGAUAUAACAAGCUCAAUUUGCUUCCUCACUGGAGUAUGUAGUGGUUCUAUGUGUGUCAUUGUUGUGGCUGCUUGGACUCAAACAGUACACCAAAGUUUCACUGCCACUCUGUCUUUACUCACAUUCUUCAUUGGAUACCUUUUGACAAGGAUUGCAAUGGCAGUGCCUCAUGCUUGUGUGAGUUGUUACUAUGUAUGUUAUGCUGAGAAUCCUGAAAACAGAUUGUUCGAUAAAACAAUUAGGGAUCGUCAAGCUUUGUUAAAAACUGGCCGUGAAGUUGUUGUGCCUACACCAAGAGGACUUAGAAGAUAUACCACAAGGUCUUAAAUUUACAAUUUCACUACCAAAAAAAAAAAAAAUUAACGACGAAAAUUUAGAGAUGAAAAGUACAAAUUCCGUCUCUAAUUUCACCAUUAAAUUAAGUCAUAAGAGAAUUAGAGACGAAUUUUGUUUUUCCGGAUGCUAAUUCUAUUUAAUUUUUCUAGUAGUUUUAUUUAUUUAUUUUUUUCGAAAAAUUUUAUGAUAAGGAGAUGAUGCUUAUGGCGAGGUGUGUUUCAUUUCAAUCCAAUCCAUGGAAAAUUUUGAGGCUCAAAGCUUACAAAGGUAUUUAUAUUAACCUCCCUCCAAAGACUUGACCAGGGUUCAAACCUAAACUUUUGGUUUCAGACCUGUAUUUUUACCACUAGACUAAAUCCUUCGAGUUAUGAUAUUCUUAUUAUUCAAGUAUGUUAUCUUAUGGAAAAGUGCCCUUAGUUGUGUGGUGGAAGGGCCAUUCAUGAUUAAAAGGGUUGAAUACUUGAAUUGAAGCCAAUAAAAAAACCAAGAAUGAAGUGGUAUGGUUGAGAAUGAUCUGGCUUGAAGAGCCAUCAUUGGAUUUUUGUAUUGGAAUGAAAGGAACGUGGAGUAAAUUAGCCUCAUCAACAAGGCCACUAAAAUGACUUGUGGUCCUUUCCUUGUAAUAUCAUGUAUAUAUUUUUGUGUAAAUAUACUUUUAGGAUAUUCCAUAAGGUUAAGUCCUAUCAUUAUUUUAUGAUAAAGUAUGCGUAGAAGCCACUGACUUCUAAUUUAAGUAGUA